AUGAUUCUACGGCAGUUAUUCCCGCGACUCGGCUUGUCGUUGGUGUUGCUGUCCGCCCUCGCAUCCCACAAUCUCGUCUUCGCGACCAUCAAAGGCGACAAGGAAAUCAAGGAACCGGAUCCGUUACCUCCACGGCCUCCUCCAAUCAGCCUUGUUCCCAAAGUCACCCGUUCUGAGAUUGGAGAUGACGAUGAUAUCCCCAUCACACGGAAGACCAUCAAAACCGUGGUCGAUGAGACCCCUUCUGAUGGAAAGGUACAAUGGGCACGAGACCCGCAAGACUUCAACAAUGAUGUGGUACAGCAUUCGAGCUCCUCCGUAGACACAGGUCCCACGACUUCCUCUGAGGAAGCCAACGGUCGCCUCGAUGAAUCUGAACUACCACUCAACUCCGACCACAUCGGCAAUCUCAUCGACGACAAGGAAACCCUCAUCUCCCCGACCCACUCCUUCACGCUCUCCUUCCUAAUGAUCAUCUUUUCCGAGAUUGGUGACAAAACUUUUCUCAUCGCCGCCCUUAUGGCGAUGAAGCACUCCAGGACCUUGGUUUUCAGUGCAGCAUUUAGCUCCCUUGUCGUCAUGACGGUACUUUCCGCCGUCUUAGGCCACGCGGUACCGACACUGCUGCCUAAAAGAUUCACGAACUGGCUCGCCUCCGGGCUGUUCUUUAUUUUUGGAGUCAGGAUGCUGAUAGACGGGCUGAAGAUGGAGAAGGGGACUGCAGGGGUGCAGGAGGAGAUGAGGGAGGUUGAGCAGGAACUACAGGAGAAAGAACAGGAGGCAAGGGGUAGAACCGGUUCCAACGCUUCCAUGAUGGAAGAGGGCAUCGUCCCGCCCAGAUCCCAGAAGAGAAAUCCUCUGAGGAGGUCUAACUCCCCCACAAUCUCUGACGACAGCGAUGACGAAAGUUAUGAUAAGCGAAAUGGAUCCGGAAACAAUAUCAAAGUUGUUGCCGACGGUGUCCAGAACCUCGCAGCUUUGCUUCUGAGUCCCGCUUGGGUUCAGACUUUCGUCAUGACUUUCUUGGGCGAGUGGGGAGACCGCAGCCAGAUCGCUACGAUUGCUAUGGCUGCCGGUCAGGAUUAUUGGUUUGUUGUCCUUGGUGCUAUUGUUGGCCACGGAUGCUGCACGGCUGGCGCGGUUAUUGGAGGAAAGUUUUUGGCUGAGAAAAUCAGCGUUCGCAACGUCACCCUUGGAGGCGCCAUUGCAUUCUUGGUCUUCGGGUUCAUUUACAUGUUGGAAGCCAUCUAUUCAUAA